CCUCACUCUCCCGGAAGCACCCCGGAUCACGUCGCGUUCUCAACCCUCGCCUGGCGCUAAGAAAUAGCAAGCAAACUCCAGGCGGUUAGUCGCGCUUAAACCCGGCUGCGGCGCAUGCGCAGAGUGGGACGGGAGCCACUACUAUGGAGAGGAACCCUGCGGAGCGGAGAGAGCGGCGACGGAAGGGCGCUCACGACGUCUUCGAACACCUUCGCUCCCCGCUCUGGCUGGUUCUGGAUCCGGGGCAGAACGAGCCCACCGCCAUAGGGAUGGCCUGGUUGCAAGCGGUUCCGGGUUACUUCCGGAAGAUCCCGCCUCUCCCUUCCCUUUCUCUCUAGAGAGGAGGAAGGGAAGAAAACAGAGCCGAGUCCGCUGGCUUCGGAGCGCGCUGGGCCUUGCCCAGUCAGCUGCCUCUCCCGCACCGGAGUAAGUUGAAGGAACGAAUACCAUUCGGGGGGCGGAGGCAUUUUUUGGGGGGGACGGACGGACGGUUUCUACGUGGCCGUUCGCACAUUUCCCCCUCAAGAUUCUCGCUUGGAAGCGAGCGGGGCGCCAGACCCGGCGGGUGUAUGAGGGAAGGGAGGGGUCGUUUCUCAGAUACUCGAGGUGCUGGGGGGGGGGAGCGGCUGGGCCUGAGGUACUUAUUCAUGGCGGGUGGGGGGUGUUAGAAACUCUGGGGAGAGACAGGGUGGUAGACUUGAGGGAGACUCCCGGCGGUCGCGAGUGCCUUGCGGGGGUUCCGGUGGGGCCCGAAGGCCUGGCAGAUGCUCCGGGUACGGAUUGCCGAUAAGGAACAGCAGCCCUUGUGACGUCAGUGGUGUUCGGAGUGAGGGGGGGUUGCUACUUUCUCUGCUUUCUAGCGGCCACCAGAAAGUUGCCUCGCUCGCGCCGGCGAUGCCCGCGUGGACUCGCGUGUGCUGCCAAAUCCUUCGAACGGAACUGUCUGCAAUACAGGCAGACAGAGCUUCUUCCCAAGGCCGCGCUGGAUGGUUGCUCGGUUUCAUUAAAAAAUAAAAUAGAAUGUGAAGGUUUCAUUCUGUAUCUGGUGGGCCACUUGCGACAGGCAAGGUUGUACCCGAGAGCAAGCUCGUUCAUGAUUACUGUACUGGGGAAAUGCUUUGGGGCAUGGUCUGCGCACAGUGGUGGGGAUGUUUUAAGGUCACCAAAGUGGCUGUCAGUAGAAUUUGGUAACUGGCACACAAAAAUGAAUGACAGCUGUUUAAAAAGAGAGAGAGAAAGGCUGUUUAAAAAGAUUGUCCUCCUUGGAAAAAUUGUGUAUCAAGCUAUCUUGGAAGGGAACACACAGAUGCUUAUAUGUGCGCUGAUACUAGUAGCCUAAAACGAGGACACCAUUAAGGUAGGCAUAUGGAAAUCGGUGAAAUCAGUGGGGCAUGUUUAAUGUGGUUAGGUAUGGAAAUGACAGGGAAUCGUAGAAAAACAAACAGGUAGCAUCAUGUUUCCAACCGCAGUGGUUAGCCAGAUGCCUGUAGGAAUCCCUGUAGGGCAGAGUCAUUUAGGAAAUGUAGAAAUUUUUCCUUUUCAUCAUGAUCCAAACAUGUAUUUAUCAGUGUGUGUUAGAGUAAUUGAAGUUGCCCAUUACUAUGCUUUCUUCAUCAGAUACCUUCUUUACUUCAUUCCUUAUCUCCAGUUCACUCUUGAGUGCUUUGAACAGGGAGAUGAUAAUUUGUGUCCUGUAUUAAAUUGCUUUUGCUCCCUGAUUUAAACAUAUAGGAGAACAAGCCUUGUUGAAGAUGAGUCAAAAUGGGAGGUUACCUGUGGACAGUAACUCCUACACCAGCAGCCUUUUGGGGUUUGAGUAGGGGUGAUCUAACCCAGUUCAUCUUGAAAGGCUCCUGAAUAAAUGUAGGAAUAAAUGGGAACUUCUCACAGUGAAGGCUAAAAAAUCCAUACUAGAACUGGUAAUGUUGAACUUUUUCAUAAGUGAUCUGGAGUAAUGGAUGAGCAGUUGACUAGGUUUGCAGACGACACCAGGAACACGAGGAAAUUGCUAAGAAGUCUAAUGAGGUGAAUGAGCAACAAAAUAGCAAAUAACGUUUAGUUAUGAAUAAAUUGGUGCCUAUUAGCGCAAAAAAUCUUAACCAUGUUCACGCACACACUGACUUUCUCUGAACUGCUAGCAGCUGGACACCUGGUGAAAUUGAGUGGCAGUAGAUUGAGGAUGAGCAAAAUAACAUUUUACUUCCCAUCACACAUACUUGUAUGUGAAAAAUUGCCACAAGUUUAGAUGGCCUUAAAGGGGGAUUAAACAGAUUCAUGAAGGACAACUCUAUUAAUGGUUCUUAACCAUAAUGGUGAAAUGGGGCCUGCUGUCUUGUGGGCUCUGCUUAUGCAAAUAUAGACAGAUUGGCAAGUGGAAAAGUGGGUCUUAGACUCAGAUCUGUAGAGUUAGAAGGGGCCAGCGGGAUUAUCUAGUUAAGCCUCCUGCAAUGCAGGAAUCUUUUGCCCAAUGUGGGGCAUGUAUCCAAGAUUUGUGAUAGUAACAGUCUCGUGCAACUGGAUUCAGCAUAUUCUUUUAUUUAUAAAAUUUGGAGGCUUCAUUGGAUUCUAUACAAGUUUAAUUUUUGAAGGGAAAAACCCCACUUGGAUUGUUGUUUGGCACAUUAUUUUAUUGGCAUAUUGUUUUAUUAAGUUGGGAGAUGUCAUUAGAAUCUAUAGAAGUUUUAAAUUCUGAAGGAAAAAGAAUGAACAGUUGGCUCCUACUUAUAGAACAGUUGGCUCCUACUCCUUGUUCAAAAGUGGGAUCUUGUUUAUAGAGGAAAACAUAUAAAUGUUUCUAAAAUUAUGUUCAUGAUUGAUUAGUCUUUAUUUGCUUGUAGAGUAGUUGUGGGUGCUGUUUAUGAACAUUGGGCAUUUCAAGGUAACGUAUCUGGUCUGCUUAGGCCUUAACCCCCACCCCUUUUUAAAGAUAAUGAAUUGGAAAUAUUAAGAGUGCCUACCUUGCUUUCCCAAUGCAUCGGGAAAAUAAUAAAUACUAAUUUUGAUGUGUCUGUGCUUGUGAAUAUUUAAGGAAAAUUACGUUGUAACAACACGUUAUUGCCAAAAAACACUCGGAAGUUAUCAGCUUGUAGUAAUGGCUAAUAUAUGUAAACCUUAUGACUUACUUUGGUGCCUGAUUUCAGUUUUGUUUUUUUUUAAAUAAUAGGUAGAAGAAUACAUGUUUACUUUCAGCAUAGAAGAGCAUGUUCCCAAAUUCUUCCAACUUGGGUCAUCCACCCUUCCCACUAGAACAUCAACAAUACAACUUCUUCAUUAAUCUUCCAGUGAACAUACCUCCUGUUCUCUUUCACCAGCAAUUCCAGAAUACAACGUAAGUGUGGUAGAAUUUUAAUCUGAAAUUUCCUGCCAGAAACAAAUAUUGGAUUUUUAAAAAGCCUACUUGCAGUGUUAACAUUACCACAUAAACUACCACAGAGAAGCAAUUUAAUGUCCAUUUGAGCUUUAGGUUUGCAGUGAAAAUAAAGUUUGAGUAAUAAACUUGAGUACUGUAGUUUGUAUUUCAUCACAGUACUGAAUGGUAGCAUGCAUGUUCACUUUAUUACUUAAGUAAUUACUGUAUGAAUGCUUAAAUUUAAAUUCAAAACACUGGCAUGAAUAAUCAUACUGCAUUGUAAUUUUCCUAGAACUCCAGUAAGUGGUAAUCUUCUGACCAUCCCACCUGUUUCACCUCCACCUUUUGCCUAUAGAAAUGGCAGCCCAGUGCAUACAUCAGCUGCCCCUGCAUCAUUCCGAGGCAGAAAGUAAGUGCAUUCUGUGGUUCUCUUCCAUGUUAUGUUCCCUUAGAAUAAAGCACUAUAAAAUAAUAGAAAUAUAAUACUGAAGUGACCCCCUAUUAAAGGUGUUACUCUUUGAGACUUUUUAUGACAAUUUGCCCACAUUUUGUUUAUUAUGAUGCCUAUCUUGUUAGAUGCUGACACACUCUCAAAAUGGGAAGUUUGGAGUCAUUUCCCACCCAGCUGUAUUUCUCCACUGUUCUCAAGGGUGCAUAUUGCUAUGUGUUUGUGGCACUGUUCAUGCAUUUUUUUCUAUUUGCAACCACAGAAAAGCUAGGGAGUGACUAUUCCCUUCCCAUACCCACAAGGGAAAAUGGCUGUGAACACAUCUGUUGUAGCUUUGGUAACUUUAUUGAAAACAAUGGAGUCAUACCAUAUGCAGAUAAACAGAGGAGACCCUGGCAUUUUUAGCUGUUGGUCCUUGAAUCUUUACUGGUAUUUUCCAAGUUAAUAAUAUUUUCAAGACCAGAAGCAGUAUGCUGGACUGGAUAGUUUGGUCUGGUCCAGAAAGGCUGCUCUUAUGAGAAUGUGUGAACCAGAUUUACUGCUCUACUGAUAAGGGUGAAGUGUGUGAGGAAUAAGAACUGGUCAGUAGACUGGAUCCUGAGUCGUCAUCGUCCUCCAUGGACUACUUCCUCUUCCUUCCCACUUUUACCACAGGGCACACAUUGCACACAACUUCUCACUGUAGCACUCUCUUCAGAUUCAAAACUGCUCUCUUGAAUAGGAAGUAUUUCAGAAUGAGAACUGUAUUUGCUGUGCAUAAGAAUGGCUUGGCAAUUUGAUCUAGCAUUGUCUUUCUAUGGGACACAAAUUGAGCGCUUGCACAUACUUUUGAGUUCCCUGUUUUAAGACUUUAUUUGCAUCAUAUCAAAGUUGGGCAUUCCUCUUUAAAAAUAAUACACAGUUAGUUAAGUACCGAAAUUGGAAUAGUCAAACCUCUCUUACAUUUUUAGGAGGCUGAAAGAGCAGGAUGUUCCUUAUCAAGUGAAGCGCCAGCGAUUUCAUUCACCUCAUCAUGAAUCUGCUUCAGCUAACCAAGUAGUGCCUUUACCAGAAGAUCACAGGCGGUCAUUCCCUGGAUCAAUUCCUUCGCCAUUAUUUCCAGCACAUUACAUCUCUGAUUUGACGGGAUGUGUGCCACCCUUACAAGAAGCUUCAUUUCCUGACCUUAUAGAAACUGCACUCCCUGUGGCCAAAGAUAAGGUAAAAUUGAGAACAGGUGCUCUUUUCCUUUCUAUAAAGUUUUCUGUGCAAGACAGUGGCUCCCAAAUCCUGGGCUGCAAGAGGAGCUGAAGGGUAUCUCAAACAGAGCCAAUGUGUUGGAAACAUUUACACUGAGUCUUAGAGCAAGGAUGACUCUUUGAGCAAGUAUAGAUUUCCACUCCUGCCUUCAGUCAAUAUAGAACCAGUAACAUCAUUCCCAAGGGAGGGAGGGAGAGUGUGUUGGGAUUUCUUGCCACAGCCAGUGCUUUUUGUAAAAAUAAUAAUAAUAAAUAGUUAAAAUAUAAUUGAAGAAUGCUGAAGAAUGUGCAUCUGAAUUGUCACCUUUGCCCCUGACUGCAAUGGGAAUGGCAGAAUGUUGAAGGAUAAUAGUAAAUGAUUUAUCCUGUGGUUGCAAGGAGGAUGCCUGCUUCUAUUGUGGGAGCAGAUUGAAGAAACACAUGAAACAGGAACACUGCUUUUAAUAGUAAAACUUCCACAGUUCUGAUUGUGUUCAAGCAGCAAUAGUAAUACUAUGCAGCCAUGUAUUAUUGCAGCAAGAACAACAAUUUUAAUUGCCUGUGUGCUGUCCAAUAACAGAUGUUUGUCUGUAGAAUAGCAAAGUUUAGAGUCUCACUAAUCAGGCUCCUGCUAAAUCAUUUAUUUACAGUGAAUUCUCGUAGGACUUUGAUUGGUGAUUUGGGGGAAAAACCUUUUUAAAAGUGUGUGUGUACACAAAUGUAUUUACUAUAUAUGUAUAAGAGAUCAUACUGAUAGUUGUAUAGUAAAUGCUGGUUUGUUUUUUGCAUAUGUUAAGCUAAGUCAGCAAAUACUGGAAUUAUUUCAAGUGUGUCAACAACAAACCUAUGACUUGAACAAAAAAGAGCUUUGCCGAACACAACUCCAGAGGGAAAUUCAGCAGAUCUUUCCAAGUAUGUUAUCAUUCCAUAUGUUUCUGACACUCAAAUAGUCAUGUUUUUAAUUAUUCCGUUCUUCUAAAGAAUAAGAUUUUAUUGUAUGGUCCUUUCCUUGCAGAUAGUAGACUCUUUUUGGUUGGAUCCUCACUAAAUGGAUUUGGUACUCGUAGCAGCGAUGGUGACCUGUGCCUGGUGGUUAAAGAGCAGCCAGUAAGUACUAGAAGGAAAACCUGCUGUCUGUGAAAAUAGCUUUCCAAGAUUCUUAGCUUUUUUAUGAGAGAGGUUGGAAGGGGAGCUGCAGUGUAGGAAGGGGCUGUGAUGCCAGAGAUCUUUAACCAAUUUAGUUAAAAGGAAAUUAAUGAAAUUCUAAACCUGAGUCUUUUUCAUUUGCAUUUCCUGCCCCUGCCUGAUGACUUGGGCCCCCAACAAAUCAUGGUCAAGUGCAAAUAUUUUUAUACUUGUAGAACGGUGGUGAAGAAUUGGCCUGGUCCUUAUCUCCCUUAACCCUUACAGGCCAAAUAUGAUAGGUGGGCAGGGCCACCCACCGUUCAAUCACCUGACAUCACAAGGACUUCAGAGUGGCAUGCCUGUCUUGCAAAGAACCCUGCACAGUACUUUGAACUACUUCAGAUCAGUUAAUAAUUGUUCUUUAAAGCACUCUGAGCUCUUUGCAAGUCUCUUCAAGAAUUGACUGGCAAUGGAGUUCCCAGGUAUCCUGCUUUUCUGCUGUGAUCAACUGGCUGUGGAGUUGCCCAUGGAGAACUCAAUUGUGCAACUGAUCCUAGCUGGUUUAUUUUCACUACCAAUCAGCUGAUUGGUGAGACAGCAAGCCACGCCACAUGUGGGAUAGGUAGACGUGGUUUGGACGAAGCAGCCAAGUUGGAACUGGUUGCCCCCAGGCCAAAGGUUUCUCAUCCCUAUGGUAGAGGCAAUUCAUAUUACCUGGCUGUUCCUUCUGCCUGCUGGGCAAUCAGAUGCAUAAGGUCACAUAUAGCCGCCCCAUCAAAGGUAUACUUGCAGAAUUUAUGUACUGUAUACAUUCUUUUCUGUAUGUGAAGGCAGAAAACAAGACAGCUGACACAAGACAGCUUUUUAAGAUGAGGGGAGGCACACUUCAGAGGAGCAGAACCUGUAGCAAAAAAAACCCAAAAUGAAUCUGCUUCUCUGUAGCCGAGAAGAAAAAAGGGCAAUUAGUGAUGGAUCAUAUGCAUUUUUUAAAAAAGAGUACCUCUUAAUAGAAUGGAAACUUCACCAGAUAAUUUGAAUAAAAUAAUCACAUUUCUGGAACCAUACUAUCACUUAGAUUAACAAUGUAACUGCAUUACACGCUGCAUUAGCUUUAAUCGUGCUUUUAAAAAGACCUACUUGCAUUAUUCUCAUUCCUCAUGAAAGCUGUUAAUGAUUAGCAAUACUCAUUAUGCAAAUACACCUUAUUCAAGUAGGGGUUUAAGUUGUAUUCCAGGAAGGGCAACUUAACUCACAGUGUCUCUCUUUAGUUCUGAUAAUUUUUCUGUUUUCUAAUCUUAAGUGAAAAAUGGUGUGUGAGCAUAACAAGUAUUUUUUAUGUAAAUAACAGGGCAAGAUCGCUCCGAUUAUUUUAUCCCCGGUAUCUCACACUCCCAGCAUUAUUAUUGUUGUUCUUGUUAUAUUAUAAUUAUUAUUUAUUAAAUUUAUAUGCUGUCCUUCAUCUGUAGAUCUCAGAGUGGUUCACAAGAUAAAAAUACAAAAUACAUAAUAAAAACUAGAACAAACCAAGCCAAUGACCCCUUCCUCUAAGGUACUCUGGCCUGGAGCCUGGUAACAUUUAAUACCUUAAAACUUGCACUAUGAACUGAGCGCUCGAAAAGAUAACUAAUGGAGGUGCUGUAUUAUCAGAGUUACAUAAUAUAAUUUGGGGGCCUGAGGUGGAAAAACCAAUGUUAUAUCCAGGGAGUGAAACACACACACACACACACACACACACACACACACACGACACUUAUCUGUCCUUUAAUGAUACCUCCAAACUGGACUCUUUACUUCUGGUAUGUUGUAGGAUCUGCCCUGAAUGGGACUCCCAGUGUGCUCUUAUUCAAGCACCAAUCAUUUUAACCCUUUUGGUCUUGUUUCAUAAAUGACACAUGAAAGUUACGAAUGCAUAGGUUGUUGCAACGGUGGAAGUAGAAAGAUGUGAUCUUUUAAUUAGCUUCUAUUUAAUUUCAUGUGUUUUUAACAGAUGCCUCCACUGGUUUGUUUUAAUAGAUAUAAAAUAUUCAGGGUUGUAUCCAACACUGCCAUUCUACUUGCACAACAAAACCUCCCCCUCUUCCCUGCACCCCCCUGCACACCAUCAAAAACUGCUGCAGAAGGUUGGGGGACCCUCUGAAGCAGAUUUGUGGGUGCGUGAGAAGAAGAGGGGAAGGGGAAGUCCUGUUGUGUGAGUGGAAUGCAAUUCAUGCACUGUUAGAUACAACCCUCACUCAUUUCCUGAAUGCAUCUGAGUAUUAAUGGAUGUAAUUUAUUUCAGAUUAAUCAGAAGACUGAAGCAAGACACAUACUCAGCUUACUCCAAAAACACUUCUGUCGGAAGCUUUGUAAGUUCUGGACUAUGUUAUAGUGAAAUGAUGGUUGGCUAAUGCUUUGUGAUAUGCAGUAAUGGGCAAGAAACCCUUACAUGAAAAAGUUUACAUUUAACUUAAUUAAGACUGCAUUUAUGACUGCCCAAGUGAAUGGGUUGGAUUUGAGGUUCCCCUCAUUCAUUAUUUAAGGCAUAUCUAUGCUGCCAUUCAUCACUGGUACCAAGGUGGCUCACAACAAUACAAAUACAUUUCUCUUAAAAUCAGCGCAUUAAAAUACAGCACAAAUACAGAAGCUGUAGUAAAGCCGCCCUAUUGUACUAAAUGUUUGACAUAAUCAUAGUUGGUCCUUACAUUCUUUUGGAAGAGGUCUGACCCGGGGGCGGAGACAAAGAGGAGAGUUGGCGGCAGCUUCCCCUCCCCUCUCUUGGACACUGGUGCGCAAGUGCGCCCCCUGCGCCACUUUGCAAGGUGAGCUGCAGUGGGCUCCCUCAACACCCUUUGGGGGACCAGUGUGGUGUAGUGGUUAAGAGCGAAAGACUCGUAAUCUGGGGAACCGGGUUCGCGUCUCCGCUCCUCCACAUGCAGCUGCUGGAUGACCUUGGGCCAGUCACACUUCUCUGAAGUCUCUCAGCCCCACUCACCUCACAGAGUGUUUGUUGUGGGGGAGGAAGGGAGAGGAGAAUGUUAGCCGCUUUGAGACUCCUGAAGGGGAGUGAAAGGCCGGAUAUCAAAUCCAAACUACUCCUCCUCCUCCUCCUCCUCCUCCUCCUCCCACGCAUGUGCCCUGGGCGGCGUUAACAUACGCUCCGCCAUUGUUCCCUUCUGGUUAUCUCAAGAUGGAUCUCAGUAGACUGGUCACAUUCUACAGUGUCUAUAUAAGGGCAUGGAUGGUGUUCCUACUGUUCUUGAGUUGUUUAAGGCUUUAUAAGGAAACAAAAGAACAUUAACCUUGGAUUGGUAGCAAAGUGGCAGCCAGUGCAGUUAUUUCAGAAGUGGGGCUCAUGGUAGGUAGCCGCACUCAGCAGCACAGCUUCCACAUUCUGUGCUAGCUGCAGCUUCCAGACCAGCUUUAAGGGCAUAAAGUGUCUUAUUAAGGUCAUCUGUCAGUGUGCCCAAGGCAUUAAUCUGCAUGCUUGCUUAGUGUUUUUUUAAAAAAACAACUGCAGUUGGUCUUGAACUUGGAAAUUAAUGAGAUCUGAUGGUUGACCAAAUACAAUUUUAUCCAUGAACUGAAUAAGAAUGAUUGAAAUGUGUGCAUGUUUGGUGCAGUACAGCUUAAGAAUUGCUGUGUCAUAAAACCCUUUAUCUAACUCUUAUCUAACCAGGGUAAAACAGUGUAAUUGCUUUGCCCAUUGCUGUUUAAUAUAUCUGUGAGAUGUUCUUUUCCCCUUCCCUUUCAGCAAACUAUAUUGAGAGACCUCAGCUGAUUCGAGCAAAAGUGCCAAUAGUGAAGUUCAGGGACAAAGUCAGGUAACUAUAAUUUCCAUUAGUUUUUAGCUCUUGUUCUUGAAGAAAUGUGCUGGGUUCUUUUUUAUUGUGUGGCAUAGUUCUUAAUAAGAUAAUGGUUACUGUUACCCAACCCACUGUAUGCCCCUGUUGUAUAAUCAGUGGGAAAUGAAUCAAAAGUGAGUUGUUGUAUAUGGAUUUCAGUGGGGCUUAAGGUAUGUCCUGGUAUUUUGAUAUGCUUGCCUUUUAUGCUGUUAUAUUUUAUUUAUAGCAGAGUGAUUCUCUGUGUGGCAGCUGAUUUAAUUUCUCCAAUAAAUGGCUUCCAUAAUAAAUGGAUUGUCUUCCAUUCAUUAUUUUAAUACAAUAUAAAGAGGCCCUAAUUCACUUUAGAGCUGGAGAGUAGGUUGAAAGACGUACAGUGGAUCUCUUCUUUCUGCUUUGCCAUGUCUUUGUGGGAGGUUGUUCUUCAUCAGAAUCCCAAUGUGGCUAAAACACAAGUUUUCUUGUCUGUGUUUACAUCUUACUUGCAUUCUUUAUAGAAAUAGCAAUGUCUGCAGGGGUUGCUUCUGCUUUUGUUUCAGCUGAUUCUUCCAGCUUCUCUCUUAAGACUUCUUCUUUUAAGUCUCUGCUUUUGUUUUUUCCUGUCUUUCUGUGUCUGUUUUACUAUUAACUGUGCUGUACCUCAGUGGUAAGCACAAACUUUGAACACAGAAGGUCCAACCCCUAGGUCAACACCUCUAGUUGAAGGGAUCGGGUGGCAGGUGAUGUGAUAUACUAGAUGCCUGCCAGAAACCCUGGAGAGCUGCUGCUAGUGAAGUAGCCUAUACUGUGCGAGAUGGCUCAGUCAUCUGAGCCUUUAGAAGGCAGCUUCCUAUGUUCUUAAGGAAGCAAGCUAUGUUCAGUGAUGGUGUGAGACAGCACAGAGGGUUUUUGGGUAGUGUAAAUAAAGUACCGUAUUUUUCGCCCUAUAGGACGCACUUUUUCCCCUCCAAAAAUGAAGGGAAAAUGUGUGUGCGUCCUAUGGGGCGAAUGCAGGCUUUCGCUGAAGCCUGGAGAGCGAGAGGGGUCGGUGUGCACCGACCCCUCUUGCUCUCCAGGCUUCAGGAAGCUAUCCCCCAAGCCCGGCAAGCUCCGCUUCCCAACCCAGCCUCUUCUCUCCUUUGCAGUUCGAUGGGGGGGGGGGGGAAUGGCGCCGUGUCCUACUUCGGAGUGAGUGUGUGUGGCCAGUGCCUGCGAGGAGACCCAAGUUAGGCAGAGGCUUUCCGCGGGGUGGAGGCAGAGAGAGAGAGAGAGAGACCGAGGAGUGCGCUCUUCCGACGGAGCUCCCGACCCACAAGCAGGCGGCUCUGGUGUCCCCACGAACGCACACACAAACACGCUCGCAGCCAGAGACACGUCUGUCCGCACAAGCCUUAGUCAACACCCGCGGCGGAGAGAGAGGGAGAAGCAGAACUGCGCUGGUGUGUGUGCCAUAAAAAGCCCCCCCCCCUUUCCAGACUUCUUUCUUUUAAAGUUUAAAGAGCACGUUACAUAAAUCUGCAGGUCAGGUUCUUGCGCUUGUCUAGGGGCCUGAAAUCGCAGAGAGCUGCUGCUACUGCUGCUGCUGCUGCUGCUGCUUCUUCCGAGGCAGGGGUAGUAAGGGAGAUGGUGGCGAAAGGAGGUAGGUGACAGAUCCAUUUCCCCCACUACCGCCACCAGCACGGUGGAACCAAACUGCGUUAUGAUUUUAAAACCUUACAUAAAUGCCCCGACCUCCGCGUUAGCGGAGGAAAACAUCUUUAAAGAGGGUGGGCUUGGGAAGGGAGGGCACUUGCUUCCCCAGACACAGGCGAGUUCUUGCAAAAGAAUGGGAGGGGGAGAUGAUAGCUCGCACUCCGGUUCCUUAGCCAUCGUCUUUACGCAGAGUAGAAGCCACCCAAAUCUCUCCCCACGAAGACCAGCCUUCGAAACGGGCAACCUUAAUUUCUCCUUGGGCGGCGGGGCGGGAAGGAUGCAGCGCCUCAAGUUCUCUCCCUCCCCCCGCCGCCCCAACCUUACACAGGCUGAAGUGUUUUCUUCUGUUGCAAAUGGGCACCAGGGGGGAAAACGGAGCCCUGGAAAUCGCCCGGGCGAGGCUGGGAGACUUUACAAAAUGCAGCUCCAACCUCUUCCUCGCUCGGACAAAGUUUCAGCUUUAUUUAGAGGCAGAAGCAGAACAACAUCCCAAGUCCAGCCCCGAGGAAAAGGGGGGUAACUCAACUAGUCAGCAACCCCCGCUUCCUUUUGCCCGCCUUUUUGUGUAUCUUGUGUUUGCGUGAGGAUGGUGGCUCCAUCAGGGGCGGCUUCGGCCGCCAGCUUCCUUGCCCUCUUCGCUAUAUCAGAGGGUUUAAGCCCCCCACCCAUCCUCCAACCCUUGUAUUGAAUGCAAACUCCCCCUACCCUCCCAAAAACUAUGCCUGAGCUUCGCAACAUCUGGGGAGGGGAGGAUGAGAGGGAGAGAGAAAGGGCGCGUUCAUGAGGACUACAAAGUUGCAAAUAUGGCUCCCCAGUCACCCUCGCCUGAUCCGCUGCGAGGAGGCAAUGAAAACUGGUGAUCGCCCUCCCUCUGGGACCCGUUCUGGGGGCUGGGGUUUUUUCCCCCUUUAUUCCCCCCCCCCAAUCUAGGUGGGUCCUAUGGGCCGGUGCGUCCUAUAGGGCGAAAAAUACGGUAACUACGCGAUUGUCACCAUUCAGCCCUUUAGCAUAACACGUUCAUUUUUUAUGUAGCAGCAUUUUUUUAAGCAUUCACUUAACUAGAAGUUUGUUUGUAUUCUAUCUUCCUUGACCUCUAAAGCAUGUUUUUUUAAAGCUUUUCUGUUAUUGCCUGGUUGGUGGGGAUAAAUCUUUAACACCCACAUUUUAUUUAAUAUUGGUUAUGAAAUUAUCCCUGGGCGGAUGGCUGAAGGGUGAGAGGAUGGUCUAGAUUGGCAUGUUGGCCACUGGAGGUCUCCUGGGGCAGCAGUGGAAAGCUCUGCCACUGUCCUGCUGGUGGUGGGAAGAAAAAUAGGAUAGAGUUCCAAGCAGCAGAAUUUUAAGAAAUUGGUUAAAAUGUCUGGGGAAAUCCAGGUGUUUAGCAGCCCAAAUCGGAAGUGUUGAUUUUUUUGGCUCAACAACUUUGGCCCCCUCCCAAAAAAGCUCACCCUUUUUGUCUGGAUUUUCACUUUUUGAAAUAUCGCAACCCUAAAAUAGGAUGGGGAGGGCAUAGAUCUGCAAGAUCCUUACUGCUUUGGUUUCCCCAACAUGCCCUGAACCUACUCCAGCCUUGAAGAUGGCAGAAUUCCCUCCCACCAAAGUAAAUGAGAGAGCGGGGAUAAUGAACUCCCCCUAUGGGGAAAGAUUGUAACGUUAGCAGCUUCUCAGUUUAGAGAAAGGGCGAGUAAGAGGAGACAUGAUAGAGGUAUAUACAAUUAUGCAUUGUGUGGAAAAAGUGGAUAGAGGAGGUUUUUUUCUUCCUCAUAGCACUAGAACUCAAAUAUCCAAUGAAGCUGAAUGUUGGAAGAUUUAGGACAGACACUUACUCACAGUGUCAUUUGUUAAACUAGGGAGAUUGCUCCCACAAGAGACAGUGGUUGCAACCAACUUGGAUGGCUUUAAAGAGGAUUAAACAACUUCAUGGAGGAUAAGGCUUGUGUUCCACCUCCGCUGUUGGGAGGCAGAAUGUCUCUGAAUACCAGUUGCUGGGCAAAGUGCUGCUGCACACAUGUUCGCUUGUGGGCUCUCCUUAGGGAUCUAGUUGGCCUAAUCCACAAGACUCCUCUUAAUGGAAAAAGAGCCCUCUCUUCAACACUGGCUCCUGCUAGCUGGCAGGGCUCUGGACGUGGCGAUAGUUCUGCCAGGGAUUCUUGCUUGCAUGGAUUGCUCUUUGUUUCUCUUUGCACAUGGUUUUCUGCCAAGUAUCAGGGGGCAAGUGCAUUAUUUUCUACACUUCUGCUACUUCAAACUUUGUCAGAAUUUCCUAGUUCUCUUAGUAAAGUGGAAAAUAAUUUUGUACCUUUUGUGCUAACUUGCUACUUGUCACGAGGCUUUGGUUUCCAGCUAAGAUCAAUCCAUUACAGUUACCUUAAUUAUAUUAAGUUGUUCAAUCCUGCUUUAGAAUUCAUUAGAAUCCAUUUUCCCAGGACCUUGAUAAAUUAUGUGUCUGCUUAAAUAUGUGGCUUGCUAUGGAGCAAAUUGAGAGUCAGAUUGUGAGCAGCGCUUAAUUGUUGCCUGUGCUCAGUACUGGAACACAUAAAGCAGUAAAUGCCUUUGAGCAGCAGCCAAGUGCAUUUUAUUUCCCACUGAUCCAUAGCCCAACCUUCCACAUCUAGAAUUCAGAGGCAGAGCUGCCAGGCCAGAGAGUACCAGAUGUGAGGUGGCAUGAUAACCUGCUUAGUAAAAAAAGCUUGCUUAAAGCUUCACAUUUCUGGUAUUGCCCACUCACUAAAGGAUGUUUUGGCUGUUAACACUUUUCAUGGGGGCAACUUUAUCUGUAAAUCACAUAAGGUGAAAAUGGUAAUAUUUGGAAAACUUGCAAUUGUUUGUGGCUCAGCAAAGAUGCUUCUGGGUGUUUCAGCAUAUUCCAUGGUUAUAUAUUGGUAUAAAUCUUUCCAAAUUUUUCAUCAUUGGCAUGUACCCUAGGGAAUGGUCACUCCAGAAAAAUGUCUCAUUGAAGUGGGAAAUAGGUUACCGUGGCAAGAACACUUGAGUUUUAUUGCCCAGCUACUGGGUGGAGAUGACAGCAUGCUGUACCAAGAAAUUAUAGGGUUUUAAUCCAACUUUUUCAGACGAGUGACAGUUCUGAAAACACUAGCCCUGUUUUUGUUUACAUUUGCACACAAAUGAAACACAGAUGGUAUUCUGAAAAGCAAAGCAGGCUUGUGUUUGUAAAUCAGUUCCACAACAAUGUUUUUAAUCAUACCAUAAUGAAAUAACUGUGUUAGGUGCCUGCUGCAAACUUUUUUGUUUCAGCAAACCUACGCAAAAUACAAUUUAGGGAUCUUUAUUUGUUUUGAAAAGUUUUCCUUAGCUGUGUGUUAUUGAUUAUGUACACUGGUUAAAGUUUUGUGAUUAAGCAAUAUAUAAGUCCUAAUAAAUAUAUAGGAUUUAUUUGUUAAAGUCCUUGUGCAAAUUUAUUUUUUCUCCUCUAGCUGUGUGGAGUUUGACUUGAAUGUAAACAAUGUUGUAGGAAUAAGAAAUACAUUCCUUCUCAGAACCUAUGCAUACAGUAAGUAGUCUGUAUUUUUUAUAUAUAUAGAUGGUCAGUUACCUAAGAUUCUCUUCCUGUGUUUGCAAACUGAGAUGCUACUCAGUAUCUAAGCUUCAAUACUAGAUAGGCAUACUUGGUAGUAAAUCCAGCUAUUUCAGUCGGACUUACGUCUGAGGAAGCUUGUAUAGGAUUAAGCUGCAAAUAUUUUAUUAUUAUUAAAAAACACACCAAAUGUAUUGAAAUUCAGUUGUUGAGGCAUACUUUUAAUAAAUUGCUACUUUAUUUUAUUGUACUUUGUUCACUGCCUAAUGCUUUCAGUUUAAUAUAGGCCUGAUAUAAUUUAGCCUCAUAAUUUACUUACUGUUCUAUUACUAUUGUUGUUAAUAUUACUAUUAUUUAGACAAAAGGGACCUGCAACAAAAUGUUGUAGCAAGGAAUGGUCCUGCAGUUUUCCACUGUACUUCAUUCAUUUCCCCAUUCCAGGUGUACAGUUUCCCUACCAUCACCACCACACAAACAGUUAGUAGACCACUGAGCUGUUUUGGUGAUUCCUUCUCCCCUCCCCUUAGAUUUUUUUCAAGCUUUUCUGGACUUGCGCAAACAAUGAGGCACCCCCCACCAACCAUGAAUAUAUCUCUAAUGCAUGGCUGGUGCUAAGGAUACACCUUCAGAGAACGACUUUACUGUUAGCAUAUAGGACAUCACCAUCAAUGCCAUUUUUACUGAACAAUAUAAGCUAAAAAGACAGGACUUGGCACAAAGAAGCUUAAAUAUUCUAAAUUUAAAUUGUACCAGGAGACAGCAAAGAGAGGAGGUGGAAAGGGAGAGCUUAGGGUUUGAAAACAAAGAAGGGAAAUGGGGCAAGAGAAGAAAAUAUAACAUGGGAUUAAUAUGAUCAAAUAUUGUUGCUCUUUCUUAUUUUGGCCAGGGAGAAGGACCAGCGAUUAAGCCAAAAGGCUUCAUACAAAAAGGUCACUAUUAAGAGAGGUGGAUUUUCAUAGGUAGAGAUACUUCCAAGCAUAAGGGACAGCAAGGAAGUACUGGUAAAAACUAUUUAAAAGACAGUACAGUGGUACCUUGGUUUAAGAACAGCUUAGUUUACGAACAACUUGGAUUAAGAACGCUGCAAACCCGGAAGUAGGUGUUUUGGUUUGUGAACUUUGCCUUGGAAGCAGAACAUGUUCCACUUCCUGUUGAGUGUGUUCCAUUUGUAAAUUGAGUCCCCCGCUGCUAUGGGAAAGCACGCCUUGGUUUAAGAACACUUUGGUUUAAGAACGGACUUCCGGAACGGAUUAAGUUCAUAAACCAAGGUACCACUGUAUACCUUUUGGUAUCUACAAUUUUGGAAUCGUGGGUGGCAAUGAUACAUUCAUUGAAAAAGUGGGGAUACAUGUAUGUGUGUGGGGAGCUUUAUAAUUGGUGUUUAUCUAAUGAGAUUGGCUCAGCUGCUCUGCCUGAUACAUUUUUGUUUUGUUUUGUUCACAGUUGAGAGUCGAGUGCGUCCAUUAGUGCUUGUUGUUAAGAAGUGGGCAAGUUUUCGUGGCAUAAAUGAUGCCAGCCGAGGCACUUUAAGCAGCUAUAGUCUCGUGUUGAUGGUUUUGCACUAUUUACAAAGUAAGUAUAUUUUUAACUUUGGUAGUCCGCCCCCGACCCCUGACUGACUUACCUGGAUUGCUUCCUGCUUACCUUUAGCCACUGUUCUAGAACUUCUAGGAGCAUCUCUAGAUAAAGUGCUUUUUAACACCUUCACAUGGUGCCACAUUCUCAGUAUAUCACCCUAGAAUAUAUAUUUUUACGUUAAGCAUACAUAUUCCUCUUCUUUCAGAGUUUUGACAUUCCUCUGUGAUCUAACUUCAUGAAAAAAUACUGUAGGAUUAUUGUUGGGUUUCUUGCGAUAUUUUAAAAUACAGCUAACAGCAGGAAACAAAUUGGAAAACCCCAUCCAUCUUAAAAAUCUUGUAACUAGCUGUGUUUUAAAAUGUAAUAUAAGUAAUAGCUAAUGUAAGUAAGUAACUAAUGCUUCUAUUAUUUAUUAUACAUUUCUAUUACACUUACGUGCAAUAGAAUGCUGUUCAUCUUCCUUAAAAAAUAUCCAUUUAGUGGAUAGAGAUGUGAAGUUUCAAUAGUGACCAUUCAUUAAUUUUUGGCAAAUUGAAUACAUUUGGUUCUGGGUGCAAGUCCUUCAUUUUUCCCCACUGCACCAUUCUUGUUCUUGUCUUCAUUCUUGUAUAAUGGCAGCCACUUACCUCAUCACCAGGAGUGGAAAACCCUUUUUAGCCUCAGGGGCUGCAUUCCCUUUGGGGCAAUCUUUUCAGGAGCUGCAGGGUCGUUGUUGGGCAGGACAGGAAGCAGAAGUGGGUGGAGCAAAGGAUUUGACAAUAGGUUACAUUCCAGCCGUGGAAAACACACACACCUGCCUUUCCAUCCAAGCAAGGAAGUGGCAUUAUCGCAGUUAAAGGACACAUUCCAUCUAGGCAAAAAAUGCGCAAGGACUGCUUGGAGCGCAGGCACCAAGCAUUAUGACAUGAGGAGUGAGGGCGUGGCCCAAGGAAAAUCUCAAGGGCAGGACUAGAUGGAUUUCACCCAGGCAAGUGAACAAGCUUCUAGAAGAGAAACAAAACAUUCUGCCCUUGACAGCCUUCUGCAUUUCUGGGCUCCGUAUAGAAUGGGGAGGACUUCACCAUUUCCCCCCAUGCAGCAUAGUAAGCAAGCUGGAAAUUGGCAUCCCACCAAAUUCCUUUUCCAGGGGCCACACUCACACUUUGUGUUUAUGCUGAAAGUGCAGGAGGCAAAGCCUUGUUAGUUUAUCCAGCACAAAAAUAAGUGGGCUAGUGGCAGAGGUAUGGAUAGCUCUAUCCUUCCACCGCUUGUCUACGACACUUCUGUGCUUGAUGUGCAGGAGGCAAAGACUUUCAAGUCACUCAACAUAGAAACCAAAUGGGCUGGUGGCCACUCUCCAAAGCUCCCGUGGAGGAGGCACACAAAGAAGGGCCUCAGAGAGUGAUCUCAGGGUCCAGGUACAUUUCAUAUGGAGAGAGGUGGACCUUGAGGUAUUGUGGCCCUGAGAUGCUUAAGGCUUUAUAGGUCAAAGCCGGCACUUUGAAAUUGGGACUGAAAACUAAUUGGCAGCUGGUGCAGUUGGGUCAGGAUCAGUGUAAUAUGCUAAAACCAUCUUGCUGUUCUGCACCAGCUGUUUCCAAACUGUCAUUAAAAUAUUAAACUUUUUCAGAUCUUGCUUUUGGUAGGAAGUUCUUUUGCUGUAUAAAAUGGGAAAUUCGGAAGAUUAAAAAAAUAGAAAUCCUAUAAAUGUAUUAGUACUCAGCCUCUGUUCACCUUGUUAUUGUGGAAGCUUCCAUUAGAAAUUAGGAAGUGGACAAGUAUUUAUUUUAGAAGAGGCUGGUAUGAGCACUAUUAGCUUUAUUUAAGAACAGGAUCGGGGAACCUAUGGCCUUCCAGAUGUUUGCUAGACUAAAACAAAUCAUUUCUGAUGUUUGGCCAUAGUGGCUAAGGCAGCUGUAAUGCCUUAACAUAACAUCUGGAAGACCACAGCUUCUUUAUACCCAUUCUAGACCAAUUGGAAUACAUAUGUUGUCAAAUUUAACUGGUAAGUAUGCACUUUCUGAAUUACAGCAGUUCUUAAGGAGCUGGAUGAGGUGUGCCAUAAAUUGGGUAAAAUGUAUUGAAUUCCAGGAUUAAAAACAUAGGGUGGAUCUUAAAUGCACUAGGAAUAUCACUAAACUUCAUUAUUCAUUCACGCUUUCUCACAAAAAAAUGAGGAAGCAUGAGCACUAAUGUAUCGUAUUGCAAACCAUUUUUGGAUAUAGCAGAAUGUGACUUCUGUAGCUACUUUUUUGUCUUCCAGUUAUGUGUUUUGAUGUUAAGAGACCCAGUUAAGUGUUUUGACACUCCAGUUUAUAAGAUUGCUGCCUCAGUACAAUUGUAUAGAUCAUCUUCAUUUGGUGCAGAGUUAAUAAAAUGCCAGCCCAUUUCAGUUCCUGAAGGGGAGCAAUUGGGACAGAAUGGUCAUUCAGCCAAAGUUUGUAAAAGUUAAUGCAGCUGGAAGAAAACUUUUUUCCCAUCCUCCUUUUGGCAUUGCCAUAUAUUAUGAGGCAGUAUCCUCAGUAUUUACAUGGUUUUGGGAUUUUGUUAGGAAUUGCAAAAAGAUGUAAAUAAUUAGGGAAGACUCCUUUUUAUUUAGUAUUUUUUAGUAACAGUGGCUGUUUUUAUGGAGGCAGACUAUGCUUUCUGUAACCAGAGAAAUAGGUAGUAUUGAAAGAGUCAUUGCAUUUUCAUAGAUAAGAAUCUACAUUUGUUCUUCAGAAGCCUGUGUUCUGUAACAAAUUCCCAUUGCCUUCAUAGUGAAAAAUGUCCACAUGGCCUUAGAUAAAACCCUGUGUAAACACACCAAAUAGCAAUAUAUUAUUAAGUUUGGCUUAGAUGAGUAACUUUCAUAUUAUAGAAUGGUUAACCAAGUUUCACACAAACUUAUGAAAGGUAAUUUUGCUUAAUUUAAAGGCCUAGCAAUUAACAUUUGGAGUUAAGCAUUUAAUUCUAGACCUUCAGUUCACACCACUGGUGUAGCUGGUAUGUUGUUUUCUGUGAAGUACAUGAAUCACAGCGACUUUAAACUUUUUUUUUAUAGCCCUACCUGAACCUAUCCUUCCAUCCCUCCAAAAAAAUUACCCAGUAAGUGCUUCUUAUAAAUUACUACAUAAUAUGUUUAUUAAAAAUGGAUGAUCUACAAUAUGAAUGUUGCUUUUAAAUUUGGGUAAUGGCAAAAUAUGCCUAUGACUUGUUAGAUUUGUGCAGUGAGCCAUCACUGUAUGCCCGUGUUUGUAGAAAGUUCCCCUUGCAGUCUGGCUCCCUCCCCAAUCCCUUUUGUUUCAUACAAGCUAAAUUUUUAUGGAAUAAGUUCUGAUCAGGUUCCAUUGCUAGGAAGUAAGACCCAUUUAUUUCCUUGGGACUUGCUUCUAACUGUGUGCACUUAGGAGUGAAGCACAUUGCGCUUAAUCAGACUUGUGUCCUUUUUGUUCUGCAUAUAGGGCAUGUCAGUGCCGUGCUAGUACUGUUCUGGAUUUUAGUUAUCUUUGGUGGUCUUGUAGUUUACAUGCUCCUGAAGCUGGCCUUCUUUCCAGAUCAUCUGCAUGCCUCAAGAUCAUGUUAAGUUAGCUCACUUUGCAGCUGCAUGAUUAGAGAUCGCUUGCCUCCCUCCUAGAUCUUCUUAUCAUGCCUGGGGCAAAUGUGCAGUGGAGUGUUUGCUAUCCUAGAAUAGCCCAGUUGCCACAAAUUUGUGCUGUAAGGGUUUAACAAACAAACAGAAUCUGCUGUGAAACAGGUGAAAAAUGUCCCAACAUAAUGGCCUAGAUCUGACCAAGGCAGUAAAUCUAUGUCUGGACUAUUUCAGACUUCAAGUGGGGGCUCACAUGACUGAAUUGGUGAGAUCUAGGCCACUGUGUCCCAGACUGCUGAACAAUGAGAUACACUUUCUUCACAUUAUUACUGCUAACACAGUAACCUGUUAGGAGUAUCUAGGGAAUUCUUCCAAGGCAGCUCACUCAAUCUGCACAGGUAAUACAUAUAUUCGGAAGGUAUUGCUGUUACAUAAAAUUGCUGUUACAUUUUGCUAUGUAUUUAGGAAAGCGUGCUCCUUGACCUUCAAGUAUAGAUUUGAAAGUAUAGAUUCUUCAGUGCCCAGAGCGCUUGUUGUGUGGCUUUCUGGGACAGAGCAGCUGAGUGAAUGGCAGUAAUUGAGGCGUGACACUUGGGAAAUAAUUGUCUCACAUUCUAGAGGGGUAGUCAUAUUGGUGUGUGGUUGCAAAGGCAACAAAGAGCCUUGGGGCACCUUGAAGAGUAAUCCAUUGUGGCAGAAGCUGUCAUGGGCCAGAGCUCACUUCAUCAGAUGAUUUAAGCGGUCUGCCGAGUGGUUAGGGGUAUGUUUGAUUUGUUUCUUUUAAGUGAGGCCAGAAGGUUAAGCAAUACAACUGAGUGCUGUAGGUAUAUGUUAGGACUACGCAGUGCAUAAAUGGAUACAGAAUCUAAUGAAAUUAAUAAGCUUGCUUCCACACUAGAGCUGCUUAGCGCUGCUGAGGCAUUUCUUUCCCAUAAUUAGCUGAGUUUGGAAUAAAAAUGGAGGUGCAUUUCAUAUAGUAAUACAUUAAGUAGUAGUUCCCUUGUCCUGGAGCAGAAAUCCUUCUACAGUAUUUACUCAACAAGUAAGUUCCAUUCAGCAAAGGUCCUUCCUAAUGUCAAUUAAAAGUUUUAAUUGCAGGGCCAGCUGUUUUGGUUCUAUUUAUUAUAAUAACCUGCCCAGGAUGGCUAACAACAAUAAUUAAAAUCAUAUUUAUUUAUUUAUCUUCAAUAUUUACAUACCACCUAAUGACAAAAGUCCUCUGCAUGGUUUGCAAGUAAAAAUUAAGAACAUAAAAUACAACAGGAAAGUAAAACCUAACACAGGGGUCGGCAAGGCUUACUGGGCAUGGGCCGGAUCACUCCCGCGGAGAUCCUCUGUGGGCCGGACUGGCGUGUUGGCACCGGAAAUAGCUUCUGCACAUGCCCAGACGCCAGAAAUCGCACCUGCGCAGAAGCGAUUUCCGGUGCCGCAGUCAUGCGCAGAAGCAAUUUCCGGUGCAUGUACAGAAGCAAUUUCUGGCAACGUGGAAGAGAGUCACUGAGCGGCUCGGUUCGGGGGCGGCUGUUUACCUUCCCGCCGGAGUGGUACCUAUUUAUCUACUUGCACUUUGACAUGCUUUCGAACUGCUAGGUGGGCAGGAGCUGGGACCGAACAAAGGGGGAUUCGAACCUCCAACCUUCUGAUCGGCAAGCCCUAGGCUCUGUGGUUUAGACCACAGCGCCACCCGCGUGCUUAUUAUGUGAUAAAGAAUAGAGUGGUUGCCUGAGCAGCCAUAGUGAGAGGGAUAACAGAAUCUCCAUGAGCAAAGAGUUUCACAGCUGCAGGGCUACCACUGAGAAGGCCCAGCCACGUGUAACAUUCCCAUAACAAAUGCCCAUUGAGAGUAGCACAAGCAGGGCCUCCCCUUCUGACUGGUUUUUGGUGACGUGAGAGAUCACAGCUGGAGCAUUAGCAUAGCCUCUUAAGUGCCCCAAUGCAUGUUCCCAUUAGUGGGGAAUUAAUUACUGGCUUCUGUGCCUUUCCCCCGUUUUCUUCUUUUUCUGUUUUUACUGAAAUAGCACAGUUUUGCUAUUUAAAAAAAGCCAGGGAGAGGAAAUGUAAUUAAAGCCUCCCCUUGCAGAAAGUGGAACUGACAUUGAUGCAAUUAAGAGACCAGCCUGACUGAAGCUGCAAUUACAUUUUAUCUCUCUUUCUCUCUCUCUCUCUCUCCCACACCCACCCACAUCAGAUACUGCCGUGGGGGGGGGGGCAGGGUGGAGAGAGAAACAUGGGAGGACAAUAAGACAGCAGGCUGAUGACAGAGUAAGUAAAUAAAGGAUGGUAGUUCUGGAAACCUGGGCUAACGUGGAAGCAGCUUAAAACCGAGCCCCCUCAUAGGUCACAGUAAGGACUUCCGGGGCUCAAUUUGGCAAGAAUAAGAGAUGAGCAAGGUUGCUUAUGCCUUAAUUUCAUUCUUUAAAGCAUGUUGUGGAUGCUGCAUGAUUUGUUCAACAAGAGAGGCUAAGGUUGGAUUGAAAUGGGUGUUGGAAAGUUUUGUGUUGACAAAGUAAUUCCCUAUGCUGCAAGAGAAACCCAUCUUUUAAAAAAGUUUGUCAUGCAUGCAUGCCGAAGCGAAGAGGUUUAAACUAAACAGUAUUUUAGUUUCAAGGGUGAGAAGGUCGAAGCAGGCGUCCACUCAUGCGGUGGGGCUCUUUUGUCCUCCCUUCUCCCAGCAGCUUCCCACAUGCCCCUAAAAUCUGGAAUCACACAGGGGGCUGGAAGCGGGGAGAAGAGAAACUAGAAGUUGCUUUGCGAAAGUGGAUAGCCAUUGUCGACCACAAGAGUAUAUUAUUUUCUAUUGCUGUCCUUCAUAUGUAUCUGUGUGGAAUCAAACCUUUAUGUAUUGUUCACCAUAUUGGUGCCCUACUACUUGUUUAAAAUUGUGCUGAGCAAACUGUUCUGUAAAGCAUCCACACACUCUGCAUAAGUUUAUCAACUCAUAUUGAGAAUCUGCUUUUUAAAAUGCUGAUCAUACACAGUUAGACAUUUACAUCAGCAGUUACAUGCUCUUUUUUUUAAAGGCUAGCAAGGAACAGUGGAAAACUUUCUGACAUAUGAUAACAUUUUAGAGUAAGCAGAUUUAUCUGUCUUCUUGCGAUCUCAUGUCUUAGGUUAGUGUUAAUACAUCAUUUUUAAAAAUUACAUAGUUUAGUAACUACUUAGUUACUGUACUCUAUAGUUUCAUGACUCAUUUAUAAUGUUGCAAUAAAUCUGAAAUUUUGUUUUACCAUUUUUCUAAAUGUAAUUAAUACUACAUAUUCAUGUCACUUGACUUUUUAAAAUUCAUUUUUUUAAUGCUUAAUUGACUUUCACAUAUCAGUUAAGUGUAGCUAGUACCACACACUUGUAUGGUUACACUUUACUGUGUAACUUAAAAUUCCUAUUUUUAAACACUGUUGCCUAUGAGCAUAACCUGGCUACAUCAUUUUCUGUUCAGUUUCCAUUGAAAUGAAUGGGAGUUGUGGCCAAUGUAUUGGUGUAGCUCCUAAUCAUGUGCUUUAUUUCUAAAAUUGUAUAUCUUGCCCUUCAAUGGCCAAUUGGUGUUCCAAGGGCUGCCUACACAAUGUUUUGUUUUAAUAAAUAAGAAAAAAAUAGCAUUUAUACAAAUCCUAGUGACAAGACGCAAUUUGUAUCCAAGGUAAGCACAACUUCCCAUUCUUCUUGUUUCUUUUCACCUCAUGUUGGCUAUUUAGGGUGUGAUACUUUUGGGGUAGUGUUUUUUUUUUACGUAUACUGUACAAUCAAGGGCCCACAACUACAGUUGAGCACUGAGUGAGAUUUUGGAAUACACAUACCAGAUGAAUAUGUGCCAGAAUAUGAUAAACACCCGAUUAGUAAGUUUCAGGUAGUCAGAAGGUUUGGAUUAUAUACCUGCUGUGUCAUUGAGCUGAUACUUGCAUUACAGAAUUAGUGAAUUCAGUGGUACCUCUGGUUAUGUACUUAAUUCGUUCUGGAGGUUCGUGCUUAACCUGAAACUGUUCUUAACCUGAAGCACCACUUUAGCUAAUGGGGCCUCCAGCUGCCACCGCGCCACCGUUGUGCAAUUUCUGUUCUCAACCUGAAGCAAAGUUCUUAACCCGAGGUACUAUUUCUGGGUUAGCGGAGUCUGUAACCUGAAGCGUAUGUAACCUGAAGCGUAUGUAACCCGAGAUACCACUGUAAAGCGGUUUUAAAAAACAAAAAGGUUCAGUAUGAAAGGGGGAGUUGGUCUCAGGCUCCUGCUGCUUGUGUCACUACCCUUUAGAGCAGUUUCAGGAUGAUCCUGGGUAAACAUGGUUUUGUACCAGGCAUUAUAUUCUGCUCAGAGGAGCAGUUUGGAGUGAUGGCAGAUAUGAGCCUGAGGCUCAUUCCCCUUUAUAGUGGACAGAAAAAUAAGUGUUUGAGCAGACUGCAUUGCUUGCCACGUACUGAUUCUGAAGCAUUUGCCUUGCACUAGUGCACUUUGAGUUAAUAUGCAAUCAUGGGUCUUGUGAUACUCUGGGUGCAUGCCAUUAUCAUGUGCAGUUCGUUUUUUCUCCUAUGGGCUUAUGAACUUAACAGUUAGUUUUACAGAAAACAAGAAGCAUUGACCAAAGUCUUUUUUAGGUUUAGUUAAAUGUAACAGUGAUAUUCAGAACUGUGCCGGUAGAAUUUGCCCCCCUACUCUUCUCCCUGUGUUCCCCAUCUUCUCCAGAGGGCCUCCCAACUCUCCAGAGGAGAAGGGGAGCUACAGAGGGUUGGAGAGGAAGGAGAAGUCUCAUUGUGGAAAUCUGUUUUACUCAUGUAUGAGCACAACUGGAUUUCACCCACAGAUCUUGGGAAACUUGUAAAUCCUUAUACAAGGACUACAUGCCUAUUUCUGGUUACUUUUGUGUACCUCUGGCAAUUACCAGAUGUAACUGCAUUUUUCUGGCAAGUAUUUAAGUAGAGUUUUAUCACUUCCUAAUUUCACUAAAUUUCUGGUACAUGAUAGGAAUGUAAGAAAAGCCCUAUGGAUCCAGCUAGUCAAACAUCCUGCUCCCACAAUGGCUGUCUUAAAUGCUCUUGGGGAGCCCAACAAGAAGGCUAUCAAGGCAAUAAUCAUCCCAAAGUUAUGAGAACUUCAUUUGAGUCCCAUCAUGCAUACUUUCUGUGCCUGGGCUUCAGCUGGUACUCCUAGCUAUAUUUCUCCAGUUGUAAGAUGUGACUAGUGAUGGACCUCAUUUGAUAACUUUGAGGGCAAACAAAAUAAAUAUUUCUAAGUCUUUUGCAUCUAGAAUGAAUAACAUGGUUUUACUUUGCUUUGUCAAUGUGCAAUAGCGUUGAUGAACUUUCCUGCUUAAUGCACCUUAUCUACUCUAUGCUAUUUGGGUUUGGGGAAAAGGCUGGGUACUGUACUAUCCUCUCACCUUUUUCAGUAAAACCUUAGCAAGGCCCGUGUUAAAGCAACACAGAAAGUUAGCCCUGUCAGUAAGAAGAUACCCUUCGUCAUCUUCUCCCUGCUUACAGCUGCCAGCAUCUUGAGUAUUUUGUAUAAUUUUGUCAAACUUUCAACACACAUUUCUAAUACAGUGGUACCUCGGGUUAAGUACUUAAUUCAUUCCGGAGGUCCAUACUUAACCUGAAACUGUUCUUAAUCUGAAGCACCACUUUAGCUAAUGGGGCCUACUGCUGCUGCCGUGCCGCCAGAGCACAAUUUCUGUUCUCAUCCUGAAGCAAAGUUUUUAACCUGAAGCACUAUUUCUGGGUUAGCAAAGUCUGUAACCUGAAGUGUAUGUAACCCAAGGUACCACUGUAUUAGGGCUCCAGUUUUGGAGUCAAGCUGUAGGGGCAAAUUUGUACAUUUGCAUUCUGCUGUUCCCUCAGUUAAAAAAAGCCUGCUGGAUCACACCAAUGGCCCAUCUUGUCCAGCAUCCUGUUCUUACAGUGGCCCACCAGGUGCAAGCAAGACCUGAUCACAGGAGCGUUCUUCCCUCUUAUGGUUUCUAGCUGCUGGUAAUCAGAAACAAACUACCACUGACUGUGGAGGAAGAGCAUAGCCAUUGUGCCUUGCAGCCUUGGAUAGCCUUAUCUGCCAUGAUUUUUUUCUAAUCUUCUUUAAAACCCCAAGUUGGCAACCGUCACUGCCUUCUGUGGAAGCAAGUUCCACAGUUGAACUGCACUGUGUGAAGAAGUGCUUUCUUCUAUCUGCCUGGAAUCUUUCAGCAUUCAGCUUCAAUGCAAAUCCGCUAGUCCUAGUGUUUCUCCAUGCCAUGCAUAAUUCUAUACUCUUCUAUCAUGUUGUCUCCUUACUCGCCUUUUCUCUAAACUGAAAAGCUCCAAAUGUUGCAAGUUUCCUCCUAGGGGAGUUGUUCCCUUCCCUUGAUAAUUUUUGUUGCCCUUUUCUGAAUUCUACGGUAUUCUUUUUGAGGUGAGGUGACUGGAACUCAGGGCUGCUCAGGCUUAUGUACCCAACAAUUUCCCACUGUAGCCCAACAACUGUAGGAACUAAAUAUAUGCUGAGAGAUGGUAACUUGUUCAGGGCCACCUACUGACCUUCAUGGCUGAUUGGGACAGGAACUCAGAUCUCCUUGGUCCAUGUCUAACAUUCUGUUCUCUCCAAAACACUUACUCCUAUGUUUAGCAAGCAGAAGCUUUGCACCAUUCCUUGUGCCUUCAUUUUAAUGGGCAUCUUUUAAUUACCUGAUAGAGUUUAAAACCAACUUCCCUGCAUGCUGCAAAUCAGCAAAAUAGAAGGCUAUAUGCUGAGGUGGCAUUCCUUUGUAUUACAGAUGAGAACAUUUAUAUGCAAGAUACAGACAGAGGAGCACUCAAAAGGGUCAGGGAGGGGCAUUCCUUGCAGAUGUUAGCUUUGUGCUUGGGAUGGAUGAGAGAGAAUCUUUCUGAGGCUAGGAAGCUGAUCCUCCAGUUACCAGAGUUAUAUUUUUCAGCGUCUGGCUCUUCUUCAAUUGCUGAUGCAGUCUGUUUUUCCCAUUGCACAGUCAAACAUGAUGUUUUGAAAAUAAGCUGACAAUAAUAUGCUCAAAUCUGGAUUUCUUUUUUAAAAAUUGCAAUUUAAGUUUGAGUUUUUCAAGUCUCUCCGAUUGUUCCAAACUGCAUGUUAGUUGGAAGCGAGUACUACAGGUUGAAUUACUUGGCCUUGGGGUUUUUUUUGCAUGUUUACCUUCAAUAACACAUUAACUGAUUUUAGCACCACAACACAGACACAUUAAGAUUCAGUCUUUCUGUCUCUUAUUGUUUUUACAGGAAUCUUUUGAUCCUACUAUGCAGCUGCACCUUGUGCAUCGAGCCCCAUGCACCAUUCCUCCUUACCUUUCAAAAAACCAGUCAACACUUGGAGACCUGUUGCUGGGCUUCCUGAAAUACUAUGCUACAGAAUUUGAGUGAGUGAUCAGCUUGUCACUUAAUUAAGCCUAAUCUGCCUACUUUGCUCUGGCGGUUCUAAUUGGUUCUGCGCUAGUUGCAAUUUACAAAUGAACUAAAAGUUCUUGUAUUUCCAUUUGAUAGGGAAUGAUUUCCUUUUUAAUUUUUUUUAAAAUGCCCAUGUGUAAAAAUGCACAUAGUGAGAGGUUAAGGCUGGGUGGCUUAAUGGUUUACAUGCAAAGGCAGGUUAAAAAUGUACGGCACAAGCUAAGAAAAGUUAAUAAAUCAGUGGGAGGGUACUUGGACUUAGAUCAUCAAUAAUUUGGCAGUCUGCAAUUCAUAGUUUACCAAAAUGGAGUCAGGGAGUGUUGUAUAUACAGUCAUACCUUGGAAGUUGAAUGGAAUCCGUUUGACUUCCAAAACAUUCGAAAACCAAAUCUCGGCUUCUGAUUGGCUGCAGGAAGCUCCUGCAGCCAAUCAGAAGCCGCGGAAGCCCCGUCGGAUGUUCAGCUUCCAGAAAUAGUUACAAACCGGAAAUAGUUACAAGCAAAUAGUUACAAACCGGAACAGUCACUUCCGGGGUUUGUGAUGUUCGGGAUCCAAAACGUUCAGGAGCUAAGCUGUUCGAAAACCAAGGUACGACUGUAAAGGAAAACCUUCUCACAGUUGUACCCAUGUGCAUUUAAGUACUGAGCAAGAUCUGCCUAUGGGAUGGACCUGCUGUUCAGAGAUAUAUAUGCCACCAUAGGACUAUGUAGCAGCUGGUGUAGCAGGAUGAAAUAUUGCUGAGCACUGUAAUAGAAUGGAAGUCAGUUUUACAGUAGAAUUGGCAAAGCACUGUCAAAAGUACCAUUUGUAAAUACAAAUUCAAGAUUGUUUGCUUCACUUAUUCCGCACAACUAAAUUUGGGUGAAUGCUGUUUUUACUGACUAGUACAUAAUUGUAGAUGUCUUAAGCAAAUACUGUACUUCUGUUUUACUGAAAAUGCUAACUAAAUUAAACAUAUCCUAGAAAUACAUUCUGUAGGGGAGUGGGGAAAUGAUCUGCUUCCUGAAGUCCUUUUGACUGCAAACAUUCUUAAAUGUCCUAUUUCAUUUAUACUGUUAAGGGAAGGUGGUAGGUUUUGCAGCUACCAAUGAGUAGCAAAGCAGUUACUGGUGUAAAUGUCAUGCAUAUCUCCAGUGAGAGGGCGUUUAAGAUUAAAUGAUCCCUCUAGAUAAAAAUUUUAAUAUUUGCCACUUAAUAGCAAAGUUUAAAUUUUAUGAAGCUAUUGCACUUUUAUUAAGAAACAUGGAACAUUUCGGAAGAUAAAUAGGCAGUAAUAACAUUUUCAUAAAUCUUCUCUGUGUUACAAUAAUGCACAGUCUUAACUGCCCAUUAGUUUGAAUUUUUCAUGGUGUAAAAUUGUUUAAAAUGUCUCAGUGGGACAUUUCAAAAACUCCUACUUUUAAGCUGUUGCUUUUUAGUUACAUAACAGACUACCAAGUUCAGAUUUAAGGUCAACCUAUGGUUAAUCUGUAUUUUGAUAGAUAAAACUAAAAUAAGUAUGGAUUUGCUGUGUCCUCUUGUGGCAAAGCUUAGAUUGACCAGCAACUCAGAAUGAAUAGUAUUAGAUAUAUCAAGUGCAUACACAAUUCAUAUACAUGGAUUUAAAUUUUCAAAAGCUUUCAAACUGGCAUUCAGAUUUGCUUCUCUACGUGUAGAAUGGUGAUUUUAUACUACUCCCAGGACCGUUAUUGGGAUAAGUCUUGCUGCUGCCCUGGUUGUGGUGUUUCUUGCAAUAUGUGGUCCUUUCGUCUCUCUUCAUUGCCUUUUAUAAUGAAGGGGGUUCUCCUAGUGAGUAUUUUAUAUGUUUUAGAGGGGUACCUUUAGGUUAAACAUUGCAGCCAUUAUUUCCAGUGAAAUAAUUGCCCAACAAAAGUUCUGGAAUCCUCUCCCCCCACCCCGACCUUUUUUUUUGUAGAGCUUGGAGCAAAGAAUUGUCAUAUUGGAUAACCCUAUGACUUCCAUUCAGUUUCAUAAUUUUUGCAUUGCUUCCCUUAUAGCUUCAAUAGUUCUGGAAUUUUUUUGGAGGUGUCCAUAAAACCAGAAGUGUUUACAUGCCCACUUAGCGAAGAAAUUACAAAAUAUGCUAUUCUGUCUUUGAUUUCCCCAUGUGCAUACAUAUAUCGGCCUCAAUAAUUUAAUAUCAAAAGGCAGUUACUAAUAUUUGGGCUUUUUUGUUGUGCUGAAAAAGCAACUGCUUUUUUCCAGUGAUUUUUAGAAGCCAGAUGGAUUUUGCAAAAAAAUGGUUAGCUUGGUUCAGAGUGCAGCGGAAUGGUAUUACUGUCUGCUGUGAUCUGCUUAAUUCUGUUACAUAACUCUUUCCUUUAGCUUAUUUUUUCUUAAAUUUAUUGACAAGUUGGGAUAUAAGCCAAAUGAUGCUAUAACAUUUCUCUUUUCACUGACCUACAUUCCCCUCCCCCCUUUUGGAACUUUGCUAAUGGGAGUCAUUAGCAAAAAUGGGGAAUCCAAGAACUGAGGUCCAGUUUCUUAUCUUCCAAAUUUCUACUUGGUCCUAUAUAGAUCUUCUCUGUGACCCUGAUAACUUUAGCCAAGGACAGCUUUUUCUGAUUUCUGCCACCUGCAACAGCUACAGUGGCAUUUCUAGUUAUUUUCCAUUCUUAUGAGCUGCUUCAAAGUGAUGUGCUUACCAAAUAAAUAAGGGUCAUUACACAAUAACUUUAAAAAAUAACACCAAAUUGUAAAAGUUUAUUACAAUUGUUUUCUCUUUGCUAGUUGGAGCAGUCAAAUGAUUUCAGUUUGUGAAGCCAAGGCCAUUCCAAGACCUGACGGUGUUGAAUGGAGAAACAAGUUCAUUUGUAUAGAAGGUAAAUUCUGAAGCUUUUUUGUAACUUAACUGUUAUACAUAUAUAAUCUGUUGGAGUGAAGAGUGUUUUGCUGCAAGCUGAGAAUAUUUAAGCAGUACUGGGGCUUUUUAAAUACAAUGCCAAUUUCUGGUUUGUUGCAAAGUCCAUUGCUAUUUUGUCCAAGCAGGCUAAUGAAUGUUUUUUGCAUGUGGGGAUUGGAAAUUGCAUAUUGAUGUUCAGAGGAUAGGUGCAUGGAAGCCCAAAGCUUGUUUUCAUAAGUUGAAACUAGGGGUAGCCAAUGUGGUUUUCUCCAAAUGUUGUUGGGCUACAACUCAACUAGUGGAAGCUGAUGGAAGUUGUAGUCCACAGCAUCUACCACCCAUGCUCUAAGCUAUAGUUUGGCAUUAAGUGUGAACAGCUCCACUGCAUAAAGAUACAGUGUUUAGUUUGUCAGUACGUCAUUGUUCUUACUCAGUUAACGCUUGUACCAUUCUUACAAAGCCUCUCACUACUAUUGUUGUUUUUACAAAGAGAGAAUAAAAAUAGAGAAUGAUUUAUCCACGGAAUCAUUCCCUGCUGCGUAUUAAGUAUUGUGAGAGAUAUAUUUCACCAUAAUUUAAAUAUGAGUAUUUCAUACUUUUCAUCUUGGAACAACCAUUACUCAGUCCGCUGAAAGAUAGCUUCCUUACCCAUAGACCUCCUCAGAUGCUAUGGGGUGGAUGGGGGCCCUUGAGUAGUUCUCCUACCCCCUGACAUCUGAGGGUUGCAGCUUGGAAGAGCAGUCCCUAAGCUGCAGAAUUUCCACUCCACAGAGGUGCCGUGAAAAGUGGGUAAGAAAUCUGUCAGGGAACUGCCAUCGGAGCUGGAAGCGGAGGGAAGGCUCCAAAGGGAUGGCGGAGAGGGUCCCAGUAGGGAGAGAGGGAGUCCGUCUGCUGGGGAAGGAAAUCAGCGUAACACCAGUAGAGAAGGGGUGCAGAUGGGGGAAUCGGGGAGGAGGCUCCAAGACUCCCCGCCGGAGACCAGCGGAGAGAGUACGGGUACUCCACCCCCCCACACCCUCCCUGCGCAGAAGACUUCUGCGCAGGGAGAGUAGGAGGAGACUUGGCGUCAAGGAACUUUUGUGCUGGAACAAGUUUAAGAAACGCUCACUGACGGAUUCUGCCAGCGACUGAGACAGUCACGAUGCUGGAGGCUGUUCAGUCAGAAAGGGUUAACCAGGUAACCUAGCCAGGAGUGGCGGCAACUUACGCACGAGCAACCCCUAAACCCAUUACAAAAUCAUAUAAAGAAAUCAGUGUUUUCCUAGCAGUGGCCUGCCAAAAAGCUGCCUUGAGCCUGUGUAGUCUGUUCUCUUUUUCAUCUAUUGGUGUGGUUUUUGCUUGUUCUCUCCUUUUGAAAAUUGCUUUAAACAUGUAUGUAUUUAAGAGAAUCCUGAAGAAUUGUGCAAAGCCUGGAGAUUCUCAGGAACAUGCAGCUGUUAUUUGCAUUCAUUCAAGUAAUAAUUUCUACAAAAAUUGAAAAAAAUACUCCCAUAAGGUGGAUCUAACCCUUUGUAUCAGUUUCAUUAAGAUAAGCGUACAUAAUUGUUCACUGAAAUUGUAGUUUGCAGAGGAAUAUGUUCAUAUGGCUCAACACAACUUCAUGAUUGCUAGGGUUUUGUGAUUUGCUCAGAUUAUGGCCCUUGCAAUGCAAAAAAUAAACUGCAGUGGAAAAAUAUUUCACUUUGACUACCCCUUUCUCAGAAAAUAUAGUAAAUGUAAGAUCACCAUCCUAUACUUUCAUAUAGCUUUGUUGAUUCCAGUGUAAUUUUUCCUAAGUGAAUAGUUUUAGGACUGCUGCUUUAGAAUAAAAAAACACACCAAACAAACCCUAGUGAAAGUUACAUCACUGGUAAUGCUCUUUUAACCUUUCCAGAACCUUUUGAUCGAACAAACACAGCUAGAGCGGUACAUGAAAAACAGAAGUUUGACAUUAUCCUAGACGAAUUUCGCAAGGUAAAAAUGCACAACAGUCCAAUAAAGCUUUACAAAAAAGUGAUUACAUAGAAUUGUUUGAAGACAAUUGUCCCAUCCCCCCCACGUGAAACUUGAGAUCCAAGGCAUAUUUGUGCUUCUCUGAUUUUUCUAAGCAAUUAAUCCUUGGCUUUCUUCCCCCCUCCAUGGCUGAAAUCCAAAGAACGGUGCAACUAUUUCUGUGCACCCAAAGGGAUUUUGGCCUUAUGUUUUUCAAACAGCAACUUCUAAAGGCAAAUGACUUUGAAAUUGAGAGGACUUUCAAAUCAGACAAAUGUAUGGCAAAAGUAUGGCAAAUUACCUGCUGUUCAAAGAAGGAAAAUGCAUCUCCUUAGGAUCCUUGCCAUAGGACCUUUUUGUAGCCGGAUUGCUUGUAACUCGCAUGUCAUGACCUCGGUGAUCAGAGUACUAUCUUCAGUGUGUUUCAUACUUGGAAGCUAGUUUGACUUCUAAAAUGAAGUAUCUGGGAACUUAUACAGUGGUACCUCUGGUUACGUACUUAAUUCGUUCCGGAGGUCUGUUCUUAACCUGAAACUGUUCUUAACCUGAAGCACCACUUUAGCUAAUGGGGCCUCCUGCUGUUGCUGUUGCUGCUGCUGCGCCGCCAGAGCACGGUUUCUGUUCUCAUCCUGAAGCUAAGUUCUUAACCCGAGGUAAUAUUUCUGGGUUAGCGGAGUCUGUAACCUGAAGCGUAUGUAAACUGAAUCGUAUGUAACCCGAGGUACCACUGUAUAGCUAGUAUAUACAUGUAAUACUGUAUAGCUGUAUAGCUAUAAUACAUGUAAAUCAUAUUUUGAAACUGCUUGCAGGAGCAGGAAGCGGGCUUUGGCCAAUGGAGGUGGGAGGGUCAGCCAGUCCAUCAGUCAUUCAACAUGACAACUUCUGGUGAUUUGGGUCAUGUGAAAUAAUAAUAAUAAUAAUAAUAAUAAUAAUAAUAAUAAUAAUACUUUAUUAUUUAUCUACUGUCCAUCUGCUGGGCUUGCCCCAGCCACUCUGGGUGGCUUCUAGCAAAUUAAUCAUCAAACACAGUAAAACAUCACACAUUAAAAACUUCCCUAUACAGAGCUGCCUUCAGGUGUCUUCUAAAAGUCAUAGUUGUUUAUUUCCUUGACAUCUGAUGGGAGGGCGUUCCACAGAGCGGGCGCGACUACUGAGAAGGCCCUCUGCCUGGUUCCCUGUAACCUCGCUUCUUGCAAUGAGGGGACAGCCAGAAGGCCCUUGGAGAUGGAUCUCAGUGUCCGGGCUGAACGAGCAGUUCCAUUUGCAAACUUUUGCAGCACAGCCAAUCGCACCAGGGCUUGCUGUCACCACUAGUCAGCUGAUCAGCACUGACAGCAAGUCUUGCUUGCCAUGAAACAGUCGGAGUGCCCACUAAGAAAGCUGUCUCUCUACCUGUCCCACACUUGAUGUCACAUAUGCUGUCCGGUGUGGGGCAGGUAGAUGUGGUUUGAGGAAAUGAUCCUGCAAUGAUUCGCUUUUCAAGCGAGUCGGAAAUUCUUAAGGCACACUCAACCCCUUGCACACACUGCACUGUACUUACCGGUACUUUGAUUGUGAAUCUUACUAAUUUUGUUGUCUUUCUUUAAUAUGUUCCAGUAUGUUCAUUCUUGCAUUUUGUUCUGUUUCAUAGUCAUGGCAGAGACUGAGAGACAGGAGGGACUUGAACUGUGUACUACCUUUAAGAGCAACUCUACAGAAAAGAUAAUUGGCUUCCUUCUCCUUAAGUGGACCAUUCUGAAAUACACAAAAGACAUUACUGAAACCUCGGGAUGCAAUUUUUCCCUCCCUUCCCACUGAUCUUAUUUUUAAAGAGGAGAUUUUUCUUUCAAAAUUUUGUUAAGGAAACUUUUGUAAGAAUUAAAUACAACCUUCAUGAAAUGCAUUAACAAUUUGAAGACUGGCUUUCCGAAACAUAUUGAAUCAGUGACCAAUAAAGAGACUGCUGUAAUACUAAUUUUGCAAAUCUGUUGGGAGUUUGAUUUAUUGUUAACUUAUGUUGUAGUGGUUUGACUCAGCCACAUGGAAUAUUGAAAUGUAAAGAUGAAAUGUAUGACAGUCAGGCCGUGACUUUAAAGUAUAGCAUACUGUGCACAUUUCCUUAUGAGAGAGAGUAGCUCCUGCUUUACAGCUGCAAAAUGCAAUAUGCACUUUGGCUCUCCUUGGCUCUUUUCAGCUUUUAAUAAUCUUGUAAUAAGAAACAGCAACUUUUAAAGAAAAAUAACAACUACACCCUAAAUGAUGCUGCUGAUCUGGCUUAAUUCUCAAUGAGCUGGCAAAUGUAUUUGGUUUGUGCUACUUUAGAUUGCAUAGGACUGAAUACUCCUCCAUAGAACAGAAUUCCCUUCCACAUUGAAAACCAGGUGCUGGGUGGAAGGAGGCCAGGUUAAAACCUUUCCUGACUCGCAGCUUCCUGUGUGGAAGGAAUUUAGUUAAAUGGAAGAGCCUAUUCAAGUUGUGAGCCCCCCACCUGCAGCCUGAAGUGACACAACUCAUGCAGCAGGUUUGCCACCUCAGCGAGAAUUUCUGGGGGUUGUAUUCUUUACUGGAAUUUUAAAGCAGCAGAAUAACUUCAAGGCAGUUGAAUCAUCUGUUAGGCUUGCAUAAUGUGUGACAUGCUGAGCUGAAUGCAGCCUGCCAUCCAUGUAUGGCAGCCCCUCGGGUUUGAAAUGCAUUUUGUGUGUUUCCGGCCACCCUGGGGCUGUAAAAAAUCAGGAUGUUGUCAGGCAGUUUGCCUGCCAUUAGGAAUGGCCAGUGGGCUCUCUGUUCCUACUUGAUGUACAGGCACUGCAGGUAAGAUUUUUUUUUUAUGGCAGACUGCUCUAUGUUGCUUGAUGCUCACUGCAGACUGAGGGUGGCGUUGAACAUUACAGUGAAGCAGAGGGAAAGGAAAUGCAAGGGGAAAUUGUACUUCCUCUUAACUGCACUUCCAUUGUGAUAUAUGGAUCCUACAAGGAUGGUACCGUGGCUUGUACAACCCCCUCCCCAGUUUCCUGCGCCACAACAGCAGUGUAAGGAAGCGUACUUUCUUUCCACUUCCUCAUACACCCAUCCCACUGCUCUGUUGUAAAUUGUGGAGCCGCCAUGAUUUGAGCCCUCUCCUACUGUUUUCUUUCCAUAUAUAUAAAGUAGUGACAACUGCGAAAAAUAGCUGCUACGAUAAGCCAAGUUGUUGUUGUUUUAAUUUGUUUCUAUUUUUGUGUAAAUAUUUGUAUGUUGGUCAGCUGCUAUAUAAAUCGGGAUUUAAGAAAACUUAAAUUUUAACUUUCCCCCCAAGAAGUAUGAGACUUAUUUUAGAUCUGCUGUUGCACAAUUUGUGCCUCUUAUAUUUAUUGCAGACCAAUUCAUAUGUUAACAAAUGUUUACUUUUCACUGAUGUCGAACUUCCUUUCCCCUCCAAGUUUAAUAUUUUUAUUGUGUCAAGUGGAAUAAAGUUUCUGUAUUGAAAAUAAAGCUAUCUUUUGUAUAUUUCAACUUU